CUUUAAAUGGACUAAUUCUUCAAUAAAAUUUCAUUGCGUCUGCUAACGACCUUGCGGGUGAAUCGUGUUCUGCAACUUUCGUUCAUUCAUGCCCGCAUUUUUUCUCCCGCCAAACACAAUCCUCAGCAACUCAAUCCCAUUCUCGCUCUCGCUUCAACCAAUUGCAUUUCUAAGUUCAGCGAAAAUGGAUGCUCGGAAUCCGCGUCGCCUGAAACGAGGCCAGAUGUCUAGAGCUGUCGCGGCCGUUAGACCGCCAUUUUCGGACGUCUCCAACUUUACGACAACUACUGACUACGGCCCCUCCUCAGCGGGGUCCUACUUCUUCAAUGACUCAAUUGAUUCAAAAUCCCAGACCAGUAGUGUAGCUUCCACUUCCGUACUAAACCGGAGCACUACAAAGCUCAGCUUCUCAGCGCCCUCUCAUUCUUCUGGCAGCACAGCUAUGUCAGAAGAGUCGGCAUUAUCCACGACUGGUCCCAAUAAAAGAUAUCCCAAGAAGAGGCGUUCAGGGAAGCUGUCUUUUACAGAAGAAUAUGCGUUUGAAGAUUUUGUGGAGAAACAAAAGGCCUAUUUCAAAGAGGUUGAUGAGUUCGAGCUGCAAGAGGAGGAAGCAUCUGACUAAUCUAUCUCAAUAUAAAUAUAUAAAUGUUGGUUUCGACUUUUAAGCAUGCACAUUAUAUCUUGAUGUGCCUUUAGCUGCGUAAAAAAUGUUAGAGUGCAAAAAGGAAGUCAGACGUACAAUUCGGUGGAAAUAUUUGAAAAUCAAUCUAUUCAAUAGCCUUAAGAUGUCUCCAUCGUUCUUUGUGUUAUUUCAUUCAGUGUACUUUUUUCUCUUAAUAAACUCGUUGUGUCAGGCGAAUGAAAAAGUAAUUCUAGGUCUAGCGAAUGAGAAUGAAUAAUAACUAUGCCAGUAAGUAUAUUAGCAAUACUUACCUCUUUUCUUGAGAGCUCUUUUAGGUUUGAGUUAGGCCAGGCAUUUUAAGUAUCAAAAGGUUUGCAACUUAAACUUAAAAAGGGCAUGGUUCAAAACAUAACAAAAAGGAUGAAAAUACUACUCUGUGAAAAUCCUGCCUAUAUUUAUAUACUAACUGUUAAUUACAUAUUAAGAUUCUGCCUAUAUUUAAGUACUUCAUGUUUAUUAUUAUUUAUUAGUAAAUCGUUAUUUUAAGUGUCUAUAUUAAAUAGUAAGGAUGGUAAGACUCAUAUAUAAACUUCCAAAUAAGAAUUCUAACGGGAUGUCUUCAUGGUUAUACUUACGAUGAGAUUUGACCAUCUCAUGGGCCAUGGCUGUCUUCACCCACAUUAAUAUACAUUGAAUUAGCUCAUGAUGAGCUCCUAAAAUGAAGAAGGCUACACAUAGUUCUUAUUUAUGGUAUUCCAGCUUUAUUAUAAAUUAAUUGUAAUUCCGGUUGAUUUAAUUAUGCCCUGAUAUAUUGCUAAUAGGUUAGUGGUAUAUGAUCUCAUAGUUGGUUCAAGGUUGUUGGUUUUAUGUGCAUAUAAGUUCCAACCAUCUCAUUGAAGAGUUAGUCUAAUCAUGGUUCUAAUGGACAAUCCUGUCAUAACAAGUGUUUUAGAACAAAUUGGUUUGGUCGAAACCUAGAAAUGGUUACGGCUUAUUAUUUUACUCAGCUAUUUUUCUUUUAUAUCUACUCUAUGAAGCAUGUAUAAGUUUAUUCUACUUUUUUUAUAAUCUUGAUUGCCUCCUUUAAAAAAUUAGCUUAGGGGAUAUCUGAAACCUAUAAAACAAGAUUUUAUUUAACUUGGAUUUGUGGCAUUUAGGUAUGUUUGAUUUCAUUAGAAUGCUUUUUCUAUAUGAAGAUUGCAGAAGUAGAAUAUCACUGGUGGCAUGUUUGAAGCUUGGAGCUGGCAGAGUUGAGCUUAUCUGGAUACAAUUCUCGGACAAAGUUAUGCUAAGAAACACAUAGCUAUUAUAACACGGUCUUAGUAGUGUUAUUAGUUUUAGAUGGGUGUUUUCUGGAAGUUGUGUUUGACACUGUUUUUACAUCCUUGUUUUGGAACUAGUGAGCAUAAUUUGGGUAAGUUUUUAUUUCCUCCAUUUUUUAGCUCAAGUUUUAUACUACGUACCAGUGUACCACAUUGAGGCUUGACUUUAUGUGUAAUGCAAAUAUUUCAUAUUUAAAAAGCAGUUAACCAUAUGUAAUGCAGUUAUUAAGUCAGUGUUUUGAUUGAAUGGAUAAGUUGUGGUUUUAAUUAAGUCGUAAGUAAAUAUGACUUCAUUGUUGAAUUGAACAAUUAAAUUGCUAUCCUCAUUAAGUUCAUUAAGUCGAAAGUAAACAUCUCCUUAACAUUUAACUACACGACAAUGAACAAGAGUCAACAGCAAACAUUGCAAACUACGAGUGCUUUCUUGUGAUAUGUGACGAUGAAGGAAAUCCGCAAAAAAACAAACCGUGAAAAAUGUCACCUGCACUCAGAUCUUCAAUAAUUUAUAAUGUGUGAACUUAUUAAACUUCUAACAUUUGUGAUUAUUUAUUUCCGAUUUCUCUCAUCUAUACGUUUACAUAUUAACAUUUUUAAUAUUUACAUAUUACAUCCCGUGCAAUGCACGGGUGAGAUACUAGUGAUUAACUAAUUUUGUUUGCAGAAGAGGCGUUAAGGAAACUGUCUUUUACCGAAGGAUCUGCGUUUGAAAAUUUUUGUGGAGAAACAAAAGGCUUAUUUCAAAGAGGUUGAUGAGUUCUAGCUGCAAGAGGAUGAAGCAUCUGACUGAUCUAUUGGCUGAUGAGUGUCUUAAAUUGGGUUUUUUGUUGAAGAGAAUAUUUUUCUAGUCAAGCAUAGCUUAGGCGUACCCUAGCGUAGUAGUCACCAUUUGGCAAUUAGGUUAGGAAUUCAACUCUUAAAAAAGUUUCUGUAAAUAGUGUUGUGAUCUAUUCCUCUUGUAGUCUCUGCACUGCUGAACUUUUAGCUUAUUCGCUUAUAGAAAGUAUUGGAAUUUCAUUUAGCUGUUUGUACAAUUUAACGGGCCUUGUUUUUACUUUUUAUACAGUUUCCCCGCUUCCCG